UCUCCGAGUUCAACCCUCCCCCCCAACCUCCUCUCUUCGCUCGGCAAAGCCCUAACCCAUCGUCCAGCCGUCCGACGCAACUCACCUGUUUCGGGAGCUGCCGACUUGUCUCGCCGGUCACCGUGUUUCAUUCUCGGGUCUAAUGUGAAACUCCAUAUGAGCUGACGCAGUUGACGCAGGAAUUUUGUUACGAUGGAUACAGAUUCAAGCACACCCACAGAAUCAGGUCUUUCAUGUGCUCGGUGUGGCAAACCAGCUUAUCUUCAAAGUUGGAAAUUCGAGUUACUUGGUGACAUGCCAUAUAAUUUGCAUCUCUGUCUACCAUUGUCACAAAAGGGAAGAUGUCCCAAAUGUGUAGAGCUAAAGCUGCCUCAAGAAGGUUCUACAUUCUGCACGCAGGAUUGCUUUAAAAUUUCAUGGAGCUCUCACAAGUUGGUGCAUCCGAAAUCAAAGUUAGCAAAUGUUAGAAGUGCACAUUCUGAACAAUCUCUAGAUGGUUGGCUAUAUUGCUUAAAGAAUGGCCAAGCUCGAACAUCUAAGCUUCCUCAUUUUGGUUGGACAGGAGCAUUAAGGCCGUGUCCAAUAUCCAAGCGGCGUUUGGUACCAGAUGGAGUUGAGAAACCUGAUUGGUCUAUUGAUGGUAUCCCGAAGACUGAGCUCAAUAGUGACUUGCAGAAUAUUGUGGAGAUCAAGACGCCAGAGCAAAUUGAACUAAUGAGAGAAACAUGCCGAAUUGCUAGGGAGGUUUUAGAUGCCGCUGCUUGUAUCAUCCGACCGGGAAUUACCACAGAUGAAAUUGAUGAGGUUGUUCAUCAGGCAACAAUUGCUGCUGGAGGGUACCCGUCCCCAUUAAACUAUCAUUUCUUUCCAAAGUCCUGCUGCACGUCUGUCAAUGAAGUUAUCUGCCAUGGAAUCCCAGAUGCAAGGAAACUCAAAGAUGGUGACAUUGUCAAUGUUGAUGUAACUGUAUAUUACAAAGGCGUCCAUGGUGAUCUAAAUGAAACUUUUUUUGUUGGGGAAGUGGAUGAAGCUUCUCAGCAGCUUGUUCGUUGCACAUAUGAGUGCUUGGAGAAAGCUAUUUCUAUAGUUAAACCUGGGGUUCGAUACCGUGAGGUUGGUGAAGUUAUUAGUCGUCAUGCAACGAUGUCAGGCUUCUCUGUGGUGAAAUCUUACUGUGGACAUGGCAUCGGAGAGUUAUUUCACUGCACCCCAAAUAUUCCUCAUUAUGGAAGAAACAAAGCAGUCGGUAUCAUGAAAGCUGGACAAACUUUUACAAUAGAGCCAAUGAUAAAUGCAGGAGUAUGGCGUGACCGGUUGUGGCCUGAUGGUUGGACUGCAGUUACUGCAGAUGGUAAACGAAGUGCUCAAUUUGAGCACACACUUCUGGUAACAGAGACAGGGGUUGAGGUUUUAACAGCACGGGUGCCCUCAUCACCUGAUGUCUUCCCUUGGUUAAAGUUAAACCACCCUUAACCAUGUUUGGUUCUGCAAUGGGCUGCUUUUCCUGGAGCCAGUCAAGCCAAUUGUUCAAUUUGGUGAUUUAUCUUGAUGUUAUGCAUAUGUAAACAAUUUUUUUACACAAUAAUAGUUGUCUUUUGUGUUGACAAUGUGAAAUCUUUUUACUCAGAAUCAACAGGCUGUUGUGCAUCU